UAGGGUCCACUGUCCAUAUCAAACAUAUCAACCUUGACUCAUACUCCACAGCAGUCAGGGCGGCGCCCGACUAUAAAAAUCUCUGCUGCACUUAUUCACAACUUCUGAACAUUCCGACCUCUCCUCUGCAGACACCGUCCCAGCCUGAAACGUCUAAACACACUUCAGCAACCAUGCCUUCAGAACUGGAAACAUCCAUGGAGUCCCUCAUCAAGGUGUUCCACCGUUACGCCUCUAGGGACGGCAAGAGUGGCACACUCAACCGACGAGAGCUUAGAGAGUUGAUGGAGAACGAGCUGUCUAACUUUCUUAAGUCUCAGAAGGACCCUGCUGCUGUCGACAAGAUCAUGAAGGACCUGGACACAAACGGUGACGGCCAGGUGGACUUUGAGGAGUUUGUUUCUCUGGUUGUUGGACUUUCCAUUGCCUGUGAGCAGUGCUAUCAGAUGCACAUGAAGAAGACGGCAAAGAAGUAAAAGGCGACAGCAUAUAAGAGAGUAGAAGAUACCAUAAAGCAUCCCGUUUUUGUAAAAAAUAGUUUUGUCCAUUAAAUACACUGAAGAACAAACCCAAGAA